AUGACCUACCUAUGCAAAAUCGUACACAGCCAAGGGAUAAUCGGACACAGCCAAGGGGUCGUCAACCUCGACCCCGGACUCCCAGCCUGGCACCCCAUCACGGUCCAAAGCGCCUUCAAUGAUAUAUGGACGUUCUCCUCCGCCAGGAACAAAGUGGCAUCGACCCUGUCCGCAUGUCCACAGCCAACACAGCAGGGAGCCCAAAACCGCACCAUCUCCAGUCUCCUCUUCGUGGACGACACCCUUGACAUCUCUACCUCAUAUGCUGGCAUCCAAGACCGGGCCGGCAUCUCCAACUACUUCACCGGCCAAUCCGCAUCUGGCAGCGUGUUCGGGGCAGACAAAUCCUUCCUCUUCUACCUCUCCCCACGCGCACACCCGGACAUUGCCCUUAAUGAUGGGCUUGGCAUUCCACAACCCAUUUGCGUGAUAGCACCCUCCAAGGGUUUCGCCACCUAG